UUCCCUCUACAGGAAUACUCCGGGGUAAACCGCGUGGGUAGACAGGUCAAUGUGUGUGUGUGUGUGCUCUGUCACUCUGUGUGUGUGUGUACACUGUGGGGCUAUAUGGGUGGAUUUGUAAUUGUGUACACUGUGUCUCUUAGAGAGUGCUGUGUGUGUGUAAUUGUGUACAGUCUCUUAGAGAGUGUUGUGUGUAAUUGUGUACACUGUGUCUCUUAGAGAGUGUUGUGUAUAAUUGUGUACACUGUGGCUUAGAGUGUUGUGUUGUGUAUAAUUGUGUACACUGUGUCUCUUAGAGUGUUGUGUUGUGUGUAAUUGUGUACACUGUCUCUUAGAGAGUGUUGUGUUGUGUAUAAUUGUGUACACUGUGUCUCUUAGAGUGUUAUGUUGUGUGUAAUUGUGUACACUGUGUCUCUUAGAGAGUGUUGUGUUGUGUAUAAUUGUGUACACUGUCUCUUAGAGAGUGUUGUGUGUAAUUGUGUACACUGUCUCUUAGAGAGUGUUGUGUUGUGUACAAUUGUGUACACUGUCUCUUAGAGAGUGUUGUGUUGUGUAAUUGUGUACACUGUGUCUCUUAGAGUGUUGUGUUGUGUGUAAUUGUGUACACUGUCUCUUAGAGAGUAUUGUGUUGUGUGUAAUUGUGUACAUUGUCUCUUAGAGAGUGUUGUGCUGUGUAUGAUUGUGUACAUGGUGUCUUAGAGACUGUUGUGUUGUGUGUAAUUGUGUACAUUGUCUCUUAGAGAGUGUUGUGUGUUAUUGUGUACAUUGUGUCUUAGAGAAUGUUGUGUAUAAUUGCGUACAUUGGCUCUUAGAGAGUGUUGUGUUGUGUGUAAUUGUGUACAUUGUCUCUUAGAGAGUGUUGUGUUGUGUGUAAUUGUGUACACUGUCGUAGAGAGUGUUGUGUAUAAUUGUGUACAUUGUCUCUUAGAGAGUGUUGUGGUGUGUGUCAUUGUGUACAUUGUGUCUUAGAGAGUGUUGUGUUGUGUGUAAUUGUGUACAUUGUGUCUUAGAGAGUGUUGUGUAUAAUUGUGUCUGUACGCGGCGACUCUACAGAGGCGUGGUUUUGACAGAGGGAGGGAGGCGCGACCCCGCCCGUCUCGGCUUCAAUUUUACCACUUCGCUCCAAAAGCAGCGGCAGCAGCAGCAGCCACAACAACACUAUCAGCACCCCCCCCCUUCUCUCCUCUUCCUCCUCUCGUCAUUGUUUUCUUUGUCCUCCUCAAACACAACCAGCGAAGGAGAUAAAACUUUUUUUUUAAUCCGCGCAUUAGAGGAGGCGACAUGGCGAGCGGGUGAGACGCUCCACAUCACCAACCCCCGUCAUCGUCACCGUCGGCUUACGUUACGUAAACAUAAUAAACCCAUCGGUCUAAUCUCGCCAAUAGCCUUCUCUCACUAACGUUGUUGUCACACUCGGCUAUUUGUUGUUUUGUGUUGUUCUUUUCACAAUUGUCGUCAUCCGUGUUUACGUCUCGCAGGGCGCCGCGCCUGUGAGCCAUGUCCGAGACGCGACUGAAGGGGGCCCUCCUCCCGCUCCUCCCUGCCCGGGACGAGCAUCCAAAGUCGGCGUGGCCGCUAGGCGACGACGAGGUCCCGAGUCGCGACCAGGCCGCGGCCGGGCCCGGGUACCUGGAGAAGGCGGCGCUGGGCGGAUUCGGCAUAACGGAGGCAACCGCGGGCGUAGCCGGACAUCGCGCUGCUGUCGACGGCGCUGGUGGCGUCGGUGUACGUGAGGUUAAACCGGACGAAAGCCGCCGAGAGGUGACCUCAUCCAGAUCGGCCGUAGCCGCCGCCGUAAACGCUGCCGAGGUAGUGCCCUCGUUGUCGGCGGACGCAGCAGGCCAGGCCGAGGCUUCGGCCCUGCGAGCCCGGGGCGUGGGCGACGGAGCCGCCCACGAGCCGCGGCGGGUGAUGCCGAGCCGCGGGGGCCACGGGGCCACGGCGACCGAGGCUCCGGGCAGAGCAGGAGGAGCAGGAGACGAUGCCGUGUCUGCUGCUAAAGCAGAAGCGGCCGCCUAUACAGGAGGAGGAGGAGCAGCAGUAGCAAUCGCCGCUGGAGAAGUCGGCGCAAGCACAGCAGCAGCAGUGGCGGUUUCAACGACAGGGACCUCAUCAGCAUCGUCGUCGUCGUCUGCUCCAGGAGCAGCAGCCGUAGGUGCACCAGCAGCUGCCGCUACUGCUGCAGGAGAAGCGGCAGCUGCUGCUGCUGCAUCGUCUACCUCGGGAGGAGCAACAGGAACGUCCGCACCGACAGCCGCAUCGGCAACGUCUGUUUCGCCAAAAGCAGCACCUGCUGCUGCUGCUACUGCUGCAGCAGCAGCGACAACAGCUACAGUGCCUGCAACUUUUGAAGAAGCAAUGGCAACUUCAGCGGGAGCAGCAGUAGGUCCAGCAGGUGGAGCUACAGGUGGAUCAGGUGCAGCAGGAGCAGGUGGAGCAGCAGGUGCAGCAGGUGGAGCAGGAGCAGCAGCAGGAGCAGCAGCAGGUCCAGCAGCAGGUCCAGCAGCAGGUGGUGCAGCAGGUGCAGUAGUAGGAGCAGCAGGUGGAGCAGCAUGUGCAGCAGUAGCAGCAGGCGCAUCAGGUGGAGCAGCAGUAUGUGCAGCAGGUGCAGCAGCAGGAGCAGCAGCGCACGUGCAGGCUUCUACGCAUGGUGGAUCAGAAAGGUGCGGGGCUUUAGAGAGGAGCGUCAUGGACACUUCCUCGCCUACACGGAGCCCCGAAAGGUCAGCGAACCAAGGAGACCCGGCCUCUUUGGAUGCAGAGGUCAAGGCCGCAGUAAAGACAAAUGAAGGCUUGGACGAGCAGCAGCAGCAGCAGGCGGCAACAACAACAAGGGGCGAACCUGCCGUGGGAGGAGGGACAGGAGGAGAAGCCACUCCACUCCACAAGCAGCAGCAGACUGCGGUGGCCGCUAAGGAGAAGUUCCCUGGACAGUCCAUCUAUCACAUCAAGUGGAUCAAGUGGAAAGGGGAGAGCACUGCCAUUAUAACGCAGAACGAGAAUGGACCCUGUCCUUUGCUGGCCAUCAUGAAUGUGCUGCUGCUUUCCUGGAAGAUCCGAUUCCCUGCUGGAAUGGAAAUCAUUAACGCUGAACAGUUAAUGGAAUGUCUCGGUGACUUCAUCUUGGAAACGAUGCCAAAAGAAUUUUCCGAGGCACAGCGACUCAAUUAUGAGCAGAACAUCAGCGAUGCCAUGACCAUAAUGCACAAGCUACAGACAGGGCUGGAUGUCAACGUGCGGUUCACGGGCGUGGCGGAUUUUGAGUACACUCCCGAAUGCAUUGUGUUUGACCUGCUGGGCCUGCCUCUAUACCAUGGCUGGUUGGUCGACCCACAGAAUUCUGAUGUGGUCAAGGCGGUGGGCAAGUGCAGCUAUAACCAACUGGUUGAAAAAAUAAUCUCCAGCAAACAGUCGCAAAACAGCGAAGAGUUCAGUGAGGGAAUGGUGGCAGAGCUGUUUCUGGACAGCACAGCCACUCAGCUGACUUAUCAUGGACUCUGCGAGCUCAACAUUCAUGUCAAAGAGGCAGAGAUCUGUGUCUUCUUUCGAAACAAUCACUUCAGCACCAUCUACAAGCAUAAGGGGCAGCUCUUCCUGCUGGUAACAGACCAGGGCUUUUUGACAGAGGAGUCGGUGGUGUGGGAAAGCCUGCACAGUGUGGAUGGCGAUGGAAACUUUUGCGACUCCGACUUUAACUUGCGCCCACCGUCAGACCCCGCAAACCUGUUCCCUGCUGGAGUCAACCAGGAGCAGAUUGAUCAGGAUUAUUUGGUGGCACUGUCCCUGCAGCAAGAACAGGGUGGCAGUGAACUGCCAGCUGCGGAGAGUGACCUCGAUCUGGCCAAGCGGCUCCAGGAAGAGGAGAAUUUGCGUGCGGCGCAGUACUUCCAGGAGCAGGAGCGACAGCAGCAACCACAGCAGCCACCGCAACCGCCCCAGCAACCGCAACAGAGGCAACAGCAGCAGCCACCCUCCCCUGGCGAGAACCGCUCAACGCCGGCGGCUGGCAGCGCGGAGCGGGAAAGACGGCCCCGGAGGCAGGAGGAUAAGAGCAAGUGCGUCAUCCUGUAAGCACGGGUCGCCACUCGUGCGCUCGCACGCCAAGACCCGCCGUGUCCGUCUGCGUUGACAUGCAGCCGGCGCCGGUGCUAGUGCGGCCGUGUCGAGCGCCCACCGAUGUAAAAGCAGGUGCCACGUUGAAUGGGUGCGAGUGCAAUAUGUGAAUACGUUUAGCGAUAGCCACUUGCGGAGGUUUGAGCACGUCGACCAUAUUUCUUCUUGGAACAUGAACCAAGUGGCUUAUUUUGAACCGCUGUCUCACACUUUAUGGUAUGACCCACUAGGAUGCGUAUAUACAUAUAUAAAUAGAUAAAGUUUUGAUGUAAAGCUAUUAUUUUGAUAACAUUUUGGCAACACAGGGACAAGUAUGAAACGGUGCCCUAUCCUAUAAUGAUGUCGGGUGAAAUAAGAUGCCUGCAGUGUGCUGAAUUCAUGUGUUAUCCAGUUUCAGCAUCAACAACAGAGUUGAGAGUUGUCACCAAAGAGAGACUAGAAGAGCUCUUCCUGUUUGGUUCAAACACAAACAAUUGCUUGAUUACAGAGGGCUGCCUGGUUGAAAUGUUUUAGACUGCCUUUUGAAGCCACUUUGUGAGGUGCAUUUGUUAAAUGACUUCUUACAAAAUCUUAUUUGUAAAUGCCUACACAUGGCUAAGAUGGUCACACUUUGGUGAAACCUCAUCGUGUUGGUAUUGAGUGUCGUGUUCGGACCGUUUUACAUCAUUUGCUUUGUGCUAGCAUCUUGGUGACAUGUGGCAUUCAGUUUUAAAAUGUCAUAAUCGGCACCCACUUGAGAGGAUUAGUCUGGUCUUCAUAGACUGAGAUGAAAACAUACAAAAAUUGCUCUUGAAUCCCAGAUUAAGUUUAUCCAAAUCCUAUUGGCAACCAUACUCUCAGUAUUUUAAAAUAUAUAAGUGCCUCUAGAGAAAAGGAAUUAAACUUUGUUAUGAUUAGCAAAGAGUUGACUGGGUUUUUUUCAAAGAUUGCUGUUGGCUUGCCCCCGGGUAAGAGCAUCAGGAUAUUCGUAUCUAAGGCAUUCUAGGAUUCAUACAGGCUUCGGUGUCUUCUUAUCGAAGUUAUGUUGUACAGUUUUGUAAUGUUUGAAAGAUGUGAUAUUUUUUCUAAACUUACUAAACUAAAACCUUUUGGUUUAAAGUAAUGUAGUACAAAAAAAAAACAACAACCACAUUUUCUUUUGUUUAAAGGGCAGUAUUAAUUAUAAAUUUGGCGAGGUGUUUUCAUGUUAUAUGUGCUUAUACAUCACUGCCAACAUCGUUCCGUAAUGCUUGUCCAUGCAUGCUGCAUUAACAUCACUGGACUGCAUAAAAGUGGACUAUUUUAAAAAAUGUCUUGACACUCUUUGCUAAUUUGAGGUAGAGUUUAAUUCCAUCCCUUGCUUAACCAUCCAUUACUUUCUGUUGUCGUGAAAACCUUGAUCUCUUCAUUUUGGAGGGAAAAAUGCCACUUUGCCACGUGCAAUGCUUAGGUGUUUCAAAGUAGUUUGAGUAAAAAGGUCCCCACAACCCAUAGAAAAGGCAUUUACAAAGUCAAAAAAGCUAGGCCCUACAUCUCCAGAGUAUAGUUUUGUGCCCAUGGCUAAACAUCUGUGUGUCUCCACAAUUUUCUCAAGUCGUGUGUUCUUAACUUACAGUUAGUGCUGCCUGUUAGGCUAGAGAAUUACUUGAAUCUGAAGCACUUGGCACACCUGAGAAGGAUAGGCGGUAAGAUAUGGAUGGGUGUUUUUUCUACUGGAUGAAUAUUGAUGAUGGAAAGUAAUGAAUGGAUGUUCUAUCAACCCAAGUUCCUGCUUGACACUAAUUUAAUAAUAGAUAUUUGAGUUUAUGCAAGCAUCUAUCGAGAAACUGAGGAGGCUCACUUUUUUAAUCGAUCCUUAGCCACAUUGGUGGGAGGGCGACAGGGAGAGUGGAUUUCCUUUAUACUCAUUCAUAUUCUAACCAAAUUACUUGGUACACAGCCAGUAACUCUGCUUGAAUGUACACUGCAUCUCUGUUGGGGACAGCUUAAUAUAAGCCUCUGGCAGAAAAAACCAGCAAACUUUGUUAAAUGCCAUUGCCUGCCAGCACUCCUAUACUGGGCCAAUAGACAUCAAAAGUUGUAAACAGUUUGCGGACAGAACAUCCAAUAGACUUUUCCUCAUGCAACAGCCCUUAGCUAUGGAAUGUGUGUUGUUGUUGUUAUGGAUUAAGUCUUUGUUUAUGAGGUGGGUUUUUUUCAACACUUGCCAUGAACGAGAGGCGACACUUGAGAGGGUGGAGCUGGGUAAGUGGACACGCGCUGUGACUCUCUUUCAUCCAACCGGGAUAAGCGAGCUAACGUGAACACUUUUUUUGCCAUCCCAGCUGUAACGCCUGGCUACUCACUGCAAUUUUGAACAUUUGGGCAGUGAAAGUGCUUGAGGGUUUUCAAAGGGGCACUUUUGGAUGUCAAAUCAAAGAGGUCCUGUACCAUAACUUGUGCAAGCCAGUGUGAAAAUGAACAUUUUACGCAAAAUCGAGUUCCUUAGGAGUGCCGAGCAGCCAAAUUGCGAUGGCUCUCGCUAGCUUGUGUAUAAAUUGAUGUAAGAUGCUGCCAGUUCAAGGUGUAAAAUGGCACAGUUGGCACAUGCAAGUGCAUCCAGUUCUUUCUCACCGAAACAUAUUGGAAUUCUUACUCAGUGCCAGCAAUUUAGACGUCUAUCUCUUGAAUAGACAAUUUUAAUGUGACCACAACCCCAAUGUGGUUAGCACAUUGCGCCGAGUUCGUUUCUUGGCCACAACCAACAUUGGUGGCAUGUGAUAUCUGAAUUCUGACUAGUGUGGUGAAGUAUGGUCAAACAACCCCCUAUGGCUGAGUGUGCAAAGGUUUUCAUUCAGAAGUGGAUUGACAAAGGACUGUACAUUAAUGCAAAAUAAUUAUCAGUCAAUCCAUACUUUAUAUGAACAAAUAGAAAAACAAUAACCCAUUUCCAUGGCAGGGAUAUGACUCGGAGUGAACUUGUGGCUGGAUAGCUGUGUUUUUUGUGUUAUAGCAUGAGGUUGUUUGUAAGAAAGACUUUACAAUAGAGGUUAAGCGUGCUUUUUCAGUUGUGGAUAUGUUAGGAGUUACCAUUUAAGUUAGUUUGAAAUCUAUGCUUUUGUGUUAUAUAUGUAGCGAAAGCUACUGGGGGAAACACUUGUGAAUUUGAAAGGGUUUCUAAAAAGCAACAGUCAUGUUGUACGCAUCUGCACAUAAUGGGUCAUCUGUAUUUUAGCUGUAAUGGGGGUCCAAUUUCAGGCAUCAUUUUUAUUGUUUAAUUUUAAUUUGUUUUAUGUUUAUUUAACCUACUUUUUGUACACCAGCUGUAUAAUCAUCACAUCUCUCAUUGAGAACUCUUUCAGAUAAACUCCAAAAUGUGUUGUAAUAUUUUCAAUAACAAUAAUGCCAUUUAAUUAAUCUACGUUAUAUCCAGGUGCUGUGGCUUUUGAGUGGAUUAUUUAAGGAGUGGUUUGUUAAGAUGAAAGUAUAUUGCUCGAUAAAUCAGCUGUAGCUUAUGUUCAUUUUAAGCAGUCCGUACUGAGCAUCUUCGCAAGGAAUAUCUUCCAGCCUUCCAUUGAAGCAGUCAACAUGACCUAUUAAAACCAACCGGACCUUAUUAUCAACUCAACUCUUCAGCCGUUCUUCAAGCAAUUCUACAACAGUGUUUAGGCCAGUCCUGAUCGAGUGUGCAGAUUUGUACGGAAAAGAUCCAUUUUGUCUUUAAAAUAUAAAAUAACAGAAUGAUUAUGAAGUUGUCACAAGCAGUGUCGAUGACUGUGUGCACCGUAGUUGAGUAUCAUGAGGAGUGAAAGCACCAUUUGUUCUGUGCUGAAGUAAAAAUAUGAGUUUGUUAAAUAUACUGAAGUUGCCCUUGCUUCGAUGACGCACUGUCAUUCAUUUGCAGACACGAAAUCGAAUGUGUUUGACAAUUUCAAGUCACUGUUGUUAUCGGGCAUUGAUAUAAUGUUGAUGAUGUAUUCUUUUUGUUGCACACCUAUUUAAUGAUAAGCGAGUACUGUACUCUUAGAAUCAACAAUAUGCAUUUAUUCAAAUACAAUACAGUAUACAAUUUUAAAAUAUGACUAAUGUUUAAGUUUGCCAUGAAGUUAACGGAUUAUUUAAUUUGAGGAAAAUGUAAAAAAAAACUAAUUAGUCAGUUCAUUGAAUGUGAUCGGGGAUCUUGCAAGGCUAUGAAAUAACUUCUGAAUCAUUUUUAUUUAGAAAUUAUUAGCUAGUCUAAUGAUGCAUGCCAUAUAAUGCCUAGUCUAAUUAAAUAUAAGAAUUUAUGCAGUAAUAAUUGCUUGGUCCAUAUAAACGUUGGCAAAAAAGCGUUGAGAUUUUAGCUGCGUUGUGUGUGUCAUUGCCGUGUUGUCGUGUAAUGUAUGCUUGACCAUUUGUGAUGCGUUCCACUUAAAGUUUUAAUCGUUUGCUGUCUCAACGUGUGCUGUUUGUUCCCCUUCAGUAAUGCUUCCUGCAUACAUUACAUUUAUGUCCAGAAAUUGGUUUUAUCUUUCAUUUAAACAAAAAAAAUUCCCAAUUGUUAAAAAAAAAACAUUAAUGAGAUUAUAGUAAGGUGCAUGGCCUUUUAGAUUGUACAUGUACUAAUUUCUGUUAAAUGUACACAUCAACUACUUGCUUUUUUGCUUGUUAAUGCCGGAGCCAUAUUUUCUCAGAUUCUAUCUCAAUAUUAAGUCGUGAGAUCUCAAAUUGGCCACAGUGGCUAAGGUAAUGUUAUAGAGGUGGUAGAGUUAACUUUGUGGUGGGGGCUCGUUGGUGCCAUGUUGCCACUGAAAUGCCUGCCUGCAGAUGUAAAGACUUGUCUCAUCCUCAAUGACAAUGCCCUCAUAUAGAGCUAUGUCUUCACAUUGGCACGUUAUGGCUUUAGAUAGUAGAUCAUGCCUGUUUAAAUUAAAAUAUUAUUUAGUGGCUAUGCUUUCUUUACCAGGGUACUUGGUUAAAUCAUACUACUGAUGAAUAAUGUAACCUAUCACCAUAUACUCUGCAGUAUGUUAAAUUGUCGUCACAUAUACUUUAUCACCGAUGUAGCAUGUUACAAAAAGCCAAUAGGCUUCUUUACAUUGGAGCAUUAAGGCCAUUUCCUCCCCAUGACAUUACCUUUAAACAGGUUUUAGUCCGCUCAAUUUAAUAAAAUCAUAGUUAUAUGAACUGGGUAUAAUGUACAGCAAUUUGUAUCAAAACACCUGGCUAUUGAAACGAUCCUAACCUCUGUUUUACAAAAACUGUUCUUAAACUUCCUGGUCUGAAUUAUUGCAGUUGCAUCAGAUUUAAUUAUAUUUUUUGUGGGGAUGUGGAAUUGAGUACAUGGAGAAAUGGGUUAUGGUGGAGAGCUGAUGUCAGGUCAGAGGUCGGGAUGGGAAUUUCAGGGUUCACGCGUAUUGACCGGUGUUUAGGUUACAUUUUGUUAAAUGGUGAAUUCAAAUGUACCAUUUUGCGAAAAGUGCAUCAAAAGAAUGUAUGUGUGUUUACUGCGUCGAAGCAAGUUUGUUUUGCUAACUAUGGAGCAUCUGUUAAUGUGCUCCUUUGUAUAAUUUUGUAAUUAGGCAACGGAAUGCAUCAGGUAGAAAAAUGUCUAAAUUGGGUUUUUUAAUUACAUUACUAAGUUGUAAGUCAACCGAAUUUGGCUGUGUGCUAUAAAGUUUCUAUUUAUACAUUGUUGUAAAUGUAAAUUGUUGUAGGUAAUCCGUUAACGUUUAAAAGGCAUAAUGAAUAUAGACUACAGUACAUUAAAUUUAGUCAAUAAUAUACUAAAACUCAACUUUUAUGCACUUCUCACUCUAAUGCUGUAAAUAUUUAUUGGAAUUACACACAGCUUAAGCUGUCUCUCAAUGAUAAUGUGUGAAAUGAGUAUUGGUUUAAUGUAAUGGCAAAAAAUCUGGACGACAAGUUUGUUUAUUGGGUUGUAGAUGCGUUGACUUUUGAUUUCACUUCUGGUGACCAAACCGGUAUUUGUCCAAAUGGCUUAUUAGUGCCUGAGUAGUAGAAUGGAAAGUGUUGUUUUUUGGAAUCUUAAUGUAUACUGUAAACACUUGACCUAAGCAUUUAAUAACUUGUCGGUCGUGAAGUUUUCUGCUGCGCACCAAGGUUAAAAUUAAAGCGCUUAAUUGCUAAAUAUUUACAUAUUUCAAUAAAACCUAACAAAAGUAA